UGCACUAUACCGUAGUGCAGUUUGGUUACAAACGUUUAUGGGUACCGUAGAUGUAUAUUAAAAAUUUACCUUAUUUUUGAAAACGAAGAAAAAAGUAUGUGCGUGCAUUUUAAUGGGGUUUUACUAUCGUAACUACAAAUCUCAUAUUUUUGGGUUUAUUUAUGAAACCAUUAGGAGUCAACGGAAGUCCAAACUACCUGUGAAACUUAAGUGACUAAAAAUGAUUAAGGAGUCACGCUUUAUGACUUCGGAUGAAACGAUGUCCAAUGGUUCCCAAACAGGGAUCAUCGAUGUGGCAUUCAAAAAAAUUAAUAAGAAUCAUGCAGAUUUUCUGAUAUGGCGGGUAGAGAAUAUGAGCGUGAUCGCUCUUACCAAAGAUCAAUACGGGACAUUUUACGAUACUGAAUCUUAUAUUGUUUAUGCCGCUUCUCAAUAUGGGCAGCCUUCUGGGGUUGAUUCAGUGGCUAGAGAUCUUAAAGGGAAAGAUAUAGAAUACCACAUUCACUUUUGGCUAGGAAGCAAUACAACACCAGAGAAGUCUAGUGUGGCUGCAUACAAAACCGUGGAACUUGAUGGAAUACUUAAUUUCUGCUCGACCCAACAUAGAGAGACUCAAGAAAAUGAAAGCAACAGAUUCUUAAGCUACUUCAAAAAUGGGUUACGUAUAAUGAAACCAGCCCUGAUAGAAAAUGGCAGCAAAAAUCUACCAAAGUUGUACAGAGUAAAAGGUAAAAGUAUACCUGUUUUAAUAGAAAUGGGAAAUCUUUCAUGGGAGCAUUUUACCAGUACCGACAUUUUUAUUAUUAAAACAACACAAACCAUUUUUGUUUGGGUCGGGAGAGCCGCUGGGGUGGAAGAAAGACGACAUGCAGCAACUGUUUCUCAGAACAUGAAAACCCAACACAAGAUACCCAAUAUAGUGUUCGUGGAUGAUGGUUAUGAGAAGACCAUUGAUUCGGAAACUCAAAAGCAGUUCAGCCAAUAUUUGCCACUCGAAAAGAGGGUUGUUUUACCAGAGAAUUAUUCCAAUGAAAAUGAAGUUAAUGGUCAAAAUAAAACUCACCUAAGACUCUACAAAUGCUCAGAAAAUAAUGGGAAAUAUAGAGUGGCGGAGGUCAAGAGUGGAGCACUUAGUAUUAGCGACCUAAGCUCAGAUGAUGUUUUUAUAGUUGACCAGGAAUUAAACGGUAUAUGGGUAUGGGUGGGCAAGAAAGUGAGCGAAAAGGAAAAGAACGAAUCUCUAAGGAACGCAAGAGGUUUCGUAAAAAAGAAAAAAUACCCUAGCAACACAAAAGUGACCAGGGUUGUCGAAGGAUUAGAACCAGCUGAGUUCAAGGCUCUAUUUAAGUUAUGGAAAACCGAGCUCCCUAAAGGCAAAGUGGCCAAAAUGCCAAUGUUAAUAACCAAAUUUGACCCAAUAACAAUGGAAGAUCGGCCAAGUUUGGCUGCUGAAACUCAACUAAUUGACGACGGUACAGGAGGAAUGACUCUUUGGCGAAUAAAAAAUACCAAAAUCGUUGAAAUACCAAAGGAGAGGCACGGUUGUUUCUUUUCUGGAGAUUGCUACAUUACCUUAUAUAGCUAUCAUACUGCACGUGAGGAGAAACAUCUUUUAUAUUGUUGGAUUGGUACAAAUGCCACCCAAGAAGAAAUCAAUAUAACAACAGCCAAACUAACGGAAAUUGAUGAAGAACUUGGUCAGCUGGGUUUCCAAGCUAGAAUCAUCCAAGGAAGAGAAACUGCACAUUUCUUGCAACUCUUUAAGGGACGGUUAACGGUUUUCAAAGGGCGAGGAAUUGAUUUUGAUGAUUCCGGUAAAAACUUGAAAAAUCCUAACCAAUAUCUGUUAAGAAUUUAUGGAUCUACUAGCUACAGUUCAAAAGCAGAGCAAGUGGACUGCAAGGCGUCAUCCCUUGAUUCGAACUCUUGUUUCGUCUUAAGGAGAGGUAAAAAGUCGUUUGUCUGGUGCGGAAACUACUCUACAGGAGACCAAAGAGAGAUGGCCAAAGGGUUUGCUGGAAAGGAUUUUGAGCUACUGUUGGAAGGAAAAGAAAAAGAGGAGUUCUUUACUUACUUAGGAGGCCCCGGUAAUUAUCCUACUCAAAUGGUACGAAAUGAGUAUGAUCCCAAGCCACCCAGACUGUUUUAUUGCAAUUCGUGUAGGAAACUUGAAGUUCAGGAAAUCCUUUUCUUCCAACAAAAAGAUUUAUUGCCGGAAAACGUAAUGAUUUUGGACACCAAUACAGCCCUCUACAUUUGGAUAGGUAAACUGAGCCCUAGAGAGGAGCAGAGAUUAAGUAUCCAGACCGCUUUGCAUUAUUUACAAACUGACCCGUCUAAUAGAGAUAUGAAUAUGACAGUGAUCCAAAUAAAGCAAGGAAAGGAACCGCCUACUUUUACUGGAUUUUUCCCUAGUUGGGAUAAGAAAAUGUGGAAGUACUACAAGACGUUUGCUAAGAUGCGUCUGGAAAUCGAGAUGACAAACACCGACGUUAAAGUUCAAAAUGGAAACCUGACUCACAAUAACUCGGACAACGGAGAUUUUGACCAUUACGAAAAGUAUCCAAUAAAUAUCCUAAAGGAGGCGAAUGACCGAUUACCUUCAAGAGUUGACUCACUCAAUAAAGAGUUACAUCUUACCCACGACGAUUUUGUGUACCUAUUCAAAAUGUCGUACAAGGAGUUUGAAAGAAUGCCAAAGUGGAAGCAACAAGAGAUGAAAAAGCGAGUUGGGUUGUUUUAAGGAGCUUAUUAAACCUUAUAUAUUUUUGUGUUAAGUAUAAUUGGUUUGACAUCAAUAUUUAAUAUUAGUUUAUAUUUGUCAUUUAAAAUUAUUGUUUUAUAAAUAAAUUAUUAUUAGCA